AUGAAGGAAUGGAAGCUACCUCUGGGCCUGGGGCAGGUCAGGGCUAUCAUAAAAGCCAGCCCAACUCCUCGCUGCCUCAUUCACUUCUCUCACCUCCUCCUUGGGAACCAGCAGGUGCACCUCCAGCCUCAAGACAUGUCCUGCUACGACCAGUGCCUGCCAUGCCGGCCCUGUGGCCCGACUCCGCUGGCCAACAGCUGCAAUGAGCCCUGUGUCAGGCAGUGCCAGAACUCCACUGUCAUCAUCCAGCCCUCUCCCGUGGUGGUGGCCCUGCCUGGCCCCAUCCUCAGCUCCUUUCCACAGAACACCAUUGUAGGAUCCUCCACCUCCGCUGCUGUUGGCAGCAUCCUCAGCUGUGAUGGAGUGCCCAUCACCUCUGGCUGCUGUGAUCUCUCUAGCAUUUCCAGCCGCUACUGUGGCAGAAGGUGUCCCCCCUGCUAA